GAGCUGCAAAUCAUGGCAGCAGCUAUCACAAUGGCGACGCGGCAAGUAAAAGCAAUCGUUUUUUGAUUUUUCUGCCUUCUGCGUUCCAGUUUUAUUUUGUACAGCUGAUUCGCGCAAAACACUUUUAAUUUAUUAAACAAAUAAAUUUUCUACCACAAAAAUUAUCGACACUUAAUUAUGUCAACCGAAGAAUUCAUCAGUGCAAUUAAAUCUAGAGAAAUAAUAUGGAAUACAAAUCAUCGCAGUUUUAAUAAUAGACAACAGAAACAAGUACUCUGGGAUGAAAUCGCAGAAGAAUUUAAUAUUUCAGUCGAUGAAUGUAAAAGGAAAUGGAAAGGACUUCGAACGACACUGCGCCAGAAUAUAAAACCUAUUGAUAAGGAUUUGCCGCCAGGCAGCAGAGUUUUCCCAAAGUGGAGACAUAUUGACGAUAUGAGUUUUUUAAUUCCUUUGAUGAAAACAAGAAGCAAUGGUUUUGCUAAUGAUAAAAUAUUCGAUGAGUGGUCAAUAUCUUGUGCAGAAAAUGAGAUAGGAGCUUCGCCAUCAGAUCCCAAUUCGUAUGCAAAUAACCUAACGGGAACCAUAGGAAAUCCAAUAAGCCUAUUGAUUGAAGAAGUUAAACAACAGCAGAUUCUUUGGAAUGAACAUGAUCCUAAUUUCGAGUGUAUAGAGUUAAAAGAUGAAGGAUGGAGCGAAAUUGAAUCUAGAUUAUCCAUAUCAGCUUUUAUCUGCAAGAAGAAGUGGGAAAGUAUUUUGGAAUAUUUGGCUGUUGAAUGCGCUAAGCAUCCUGACAAUUCGAGUUCUUGGGCGUACUUUAAGCAGUUGGAUUUUGUGCAACCGUUUGUUCAACAGGGCAACAGAACCACAAUUAUGGAGCAAAAUAAUGAUUCACAAAAAAAGUCGGAAACUAAAAACGAUUUUCCUGACAGAGUUAUUGCAGAGGUCAAAAAAUAUCCAUUAAUAUGGAAUUUAUAUAGUAAAAACUACAAGAGUGUUUAUAAAAAACUGAAGGCUUGGAGAAAGAUUGCACAUUCACUUGAAUCAACAGUUGAGGAAGUGAAGAAAAAAUGGAAAGCACUAAGAGAUGUCUUUGCUAAACACUAUGCUAAGAAUCCAGAUGAAAAUACUAACAAUUGGCCUUAUUUUAAGCAAAUGAUAUUCUUAGCCCCAUAUCUUAAGGGCAACAAAUUAAGUUUUGCUAAAUCUUUUGAACGUACCCAAGAGUCGGAUGAUGAAGAAAGCGUUUCAUCGGUUGCCUGGGAAUCGGAUAACAAUGAAACAAAGAACCAAACACCAGCAGUAAGGGAAACAAGCAAAUUUUCAAAUGAAGAUUUUAUUGAAGCAGUCAGAAAACAACAAAUCUUAUGGGACUCGACUUUUAAUAAUUUUAAAAACAAUAAAUUGAGAUGUGUGGUGUGGAAAGAGGUUGCAGAUUAUUUUGGAUUACCAGUCAUUGAUUGCAAAAAGAAAUGGAGAACACUUCGUGAUCUGUUUGUUCGAACACAUCUAAAACCAAUAAGGGAAGAAGAUAAAUCAUGGAAACAUUACGACCAAAUGAAAUUCUUGGUGCCGCAUUUAAGAGAAAGAAAAAACGAUCCCUUAGAUCCUUCAAUAAAUUCAAAUUCAUUUGACAAUUCAGUUGAAGAUUUAAAAAUUGAAGUAAACCCAAGUUUCGUUUCAGCAGCAGAGGAAACACAAAAUGAUGAAGAAAAAACAGCACAAGUAUUAGAUGAACAGAAUAUAAACGAGUUUAUAAGACUUGUAAAGCGACAUGAUGUUUUAUGGAAUACAACCAACAAGAACUAUAGAAACAAUGAGUUUAGAUUCCAAGCCUGGGAGGAUGUAUCUGAACACUUUUCAUUGUCAACAAUUGAUGACUGCAGGAAAAGAUGGAAGGCACUAAGAGACAACUUUUCUCGACAUUAUUAUAAACCCAUAAGAGAAGAAGACAAAUCUUGGAAAAACUAUCAUGAUUUGAAAUUUCUAAUACCACACUUAAAAUAUAAAAAAUGUGCAAAUGUCUUAAAGAGUCUUCCAAAAACACCAGAUUUCAUACAAAAAACUGAACCUGAUCCUGAACCUGAGAAUGUAAUAAUAAAACAAGAACCAGUAAUGGAAGAAGAUGAAAGUAUGUCUAGUGAUUUUGAGGAUACGAGCAAAAAUGAUAAUGGAUUGAAAACAGCAGAUAAAAUUUGUUCAGAUGAAUUUAUUGAUGUGGUAAAGCAACACGAAAUGCUAUGGAACACCGAAGAUGAAAAUUAUAAAAAUAACGAGUUAAGAACCAAAGAAUGGGAACUCAUAGCGGUUCAUUUUGAAACUUCGGUUGAUGAAUGUAAAAAGAAAUGGAAAGCACUCAGAGAUUCAUUUGUUCGAAAUUAUUUUAAACCCAUAAAGGAGAAGUAUAAAAGUUGGAAUUACUAUUCCAAAAUGAAAUUCUUGGGACCACAUGUAAAAUACAAGAAGGAUAAAAGUCUAAUAGGCGAUCCAGAAUUCCCACGAAAAGACGAAGAGCCCUCCAGUCCAUCGGAGCAGGAUGAAACUGAAUUAAACCCUAAAAAGUUUACAGUGAAAGAAUUUGUUAAUGAAAUAAAGAAACACACGAUAUUGUGGGAUCUCAGCGAUGAAAGGUGUAGAAUGAGAAAAUAUAGAUUGCUAGCAUGGAAGGAGAUAUCUGCUCAUUUUAGCGUAUCAACUUUGGAAUGUAAAAGAAAAUGGGCCACACUCAGAAGUGCCUUUAUCCGGGAAUUCGCUAAGUGUCCUGACAAUGAUACCUGGGGAAAUUUCAAAGAAUUGGACUUCUUGUUGCCGUACCUCAAGGCGAAUGUAUCUGCAAACCAUGAACUAAGUGCUUCUGAAUCUACAAAUUGUAUACCAAAAGACCAUCUGAUAUCUUGUGAAUCAAAUGAAGUCAAUUCAGACAAUCAAUUUAAUAUGCCUAAUUCUCAAGAUGAUAAUUGGAUGGAAGUUUUUAUUCAAACAAUCAAACAACAAAAGAUCUUAUGGGAUACAACGGAUAGUAAUUUUAAAAAUGCACUGAAACGACAACAAGCUUGGAAUUCAAUUGCAAAAGAUUUCGGUUUAUCGAUUGAUGAUUCGAAACAAAAGUGGAAAACCCUAAGAGAUACCUUUGCGAAUUUAUAUCAUAAUAGCCAGGACGGGACAGAAGAGAAUAGUGAAUGGAAAUACUAUAAUUCUAUGAAAUUUCUGUGUCCACAUUUGAAACAUAAAAAACUCGGAGAAAUCGGUUAUGAAGACAAUAAUGACUCUGACUCGUGUAGCGCUCAAGCAGGGAAUUUACAUAUCCAAAAAACUACGGCGAAUGAAAAAUGUACAAUUAAAUUCAUCAAAUCGAUAAAAGAGAAACAAUUACUUUGGAAUUGGUCAGAUGAUGACUAUAACGACACAAACAAAAAGGAAGAAGCUUGGGGACUUAUUGCAAAUAAAUUUGGCUUGCCAAUUGCUCGGUGCAAAGAAAGAUGGCUGGCUCUGAGAAACUGUUAUAAUCGAGUUAUUCUCAGCCAAUCAAAUAAUCCAAAACAUUCAUGGAAGUAUUUGGAAGAAAUGAAUUUCUUGAAGCCUUUCAUCAAUGUCGACACUGAUUCAUCGCUCUUUGUCGACGUUUCAGGAAGCUUAAGCUUUGAUGAUAUCAUAGAAGAAUACAGUUUCCCAGAAGAACCUAUGGACGAUGAUCAAGACGAUGCGCUUUAUGAAGAACUUUUCGAAUGUUCGCCUUCUGAAUUUUCACAAAAUAUUGAAAAAAUCGAAAUUCCAAAGCACCAUACGCCCGAUCGUGCCGCCGCCGCUGCUAAAAGAAGAAGGUGCUCAGAAGAAUCGUCUGAUGAUGAGGAUAAGGAAUUUUUUCAAGUCAUAAAAGAAACUAUGAAACAAUUACCAAGUGACGUUAAGAGUGACGCUAAAGGUCACAUAAAAGCUUACUUAAAAGUAAUUGCAUCAAAUCAUAAUUUAUGGAAUUUCAAUCUCGAUUGAAUUGAAAAUGUUUGUGCAUGAGAAGAAAACAAAUCAUUUUUUAUUGUUUUUUUUUUACACUUUUUCAAAAGCAAUUGAUAUUUUUUUGGACAUUAAAUCAAUGCGUUUCGCCGAAGCACGAAAUAAUGUAACAAAUGAAAUCUACUUUCAUGCCUUAGCGAAGCGUAUUUGGAAUAAGGGUUGCAAAUAAAUGCCAAUUUAAAGUUGCAUGUACAUAAGAUUUAAUUUGUUUAUUCUAAUUUAGAAUAAUUACAGUAUUUAAUAUUAAACUUUAUGAGCCCAUAACUAAUUAAUGAAUAAAAAAGAAGUUAAACUUUAUUAACAAAGUUA